GCUGGGCUGGGCACUCUGGGAGUUUGGGCCUGGUCCUGUUGCCUGGCGACUGGGCCGCCUAAUCCCCCGGGCGCUCACUUUGGGGCUUGGUCUUCAUGCGAAGGAUUCGGUUUUGGUGCGUUCCGCUCACGCUAUCGGCUCCCGGUGCCAGUGCAGGCCCAGGCUUCCAGCGGCUCUCACCUGCUGGUUGGCCGCUGCUGACUGCUCCCAACCUGGGCCUAGGGGUGAGGGCUGCCCGCGGCAUCAGGGAGAGAACCAUGCCGAAAAACUCGACAGAAAGCCGAAUGCAUAAGAUGAAAGUGAAGAAUGCUGCAAAACUAGCACUGGCACCUCAGGGACCUGUGAAAUUUGAUAAGGAUGGUUCUGUUUUGGUUGCUAUUCACGCCAAACCUGGAGCCAAACAAAAUGCUGUAACAGAUGUGUCGGAAGAAGCAGUUGGCGUGGCCAUCGCAGCCCCCCCAUCUGAUGGGGAGGCGAAUGCAGAACUGGUUCGCUAUCUGGCCAAGGUGCUCGAAUUGAAGAGAAGUGAAGUUGUCCUGGACAAGGGUUACAGAUCGCGUGAGAAGGUGGUGAAGAUUCUGGCUCCAUUAACCCCGGAAGAGGUACAAGAAAGACUCAAAACCACAGCUGCCACAAACUAGUGCAAAAAGCUUGGGGCAGGAGGAGCAACCUUGCUAAUGCCCUUGAUAACAGAAUAUUACAUUAAAACUUCAGUGUUUAAUGGAAGUGUACAUGAGAUUACUGUGGACAGUGUGUCUCAUCAGUCAUUGCAUUCAAAGAAUCUUGGAAGCUCUCACACGAUCCAUCAAAUUCAGGUGUCAAACUAUCCAGGUUCAACUGAUUUUUGUCAGUUUAUAUUUGGGACUACAUGGAUUGGGACCUGCUCCUGACUCUAUAUUAAUUCCUGCAUUGCUAAGGGUUAUCCUGUGUGAAAAUUCAUCCACAAGGACCUCAAUUCUGUCUGCAUUGCAUAAUUUUUAAAAAUGUGUUAUGGUCAACAAUGGGUUGAGAUAUUCUGUCCCAGGAUUGAAUUCUUAGCCUGUGACCCUUUGUGCCUGAUUUGCUGGUUCAGCUGCAUGUUAAAGAUCCCAUGGCAGUAUAAGAAGAGCAGAGAGUUCUCUCCUCGCCAAUAUUCCGUUCUCAACUAAUUCUCCCAACAAAAGAUUAACAGCCUGAUGAUCACAUGGACAUUUGUGGGAGAUUGUUGCUGCAGAAUGACAAUGAGUGUUUCUUCAUAGCAAGCUACUGCACUUCAGUCAUCUGUUGUAGCCUUUAAAUGUGAUAAUGCAUUGUAUAAGUUCAAGUAUUUUGCGCCAUGAGCAUUGAUGUGUUGGGGAAUUGAGUGGGCUCAGCUAAUUAGAGAACAGAACUAUAGGAUUCAUUGAGAAAGUGCUCAGCCUCAGGCAGCCAUGCGAGGGGAACCAAUCACAAGAUUUGGCUCAAUUAGAAAUAGGUUGAAAUUGCAGGAUUAUCUUGGGACUGUUGAAAUUUACUUAAUCAUGUCAUGACCUGGUGAAUAUGAAUACAGUAAAAUCCCACCACUUGCGAGUCCCUCUUUUGUAAAUUCUCUCAUCCGCACAAAAGUCUUUGUACGCAGAUUGCCCGUUGCAGACCCAAAUGUUCGCUAAUCUGCGGUUUUAAAAAUAAAAAAAAAUAGAAGCCAACUUUAGAAAAUGCCAGCAAAAAGAAAAAAACCCUAAAUGUAGUUUUAAAAAAAAGGCGACCAUGACAGAUUUCCUGUAGCAGAAAUUGUGCACUGCCAGUGUGCUGCCUGCUGUUGUCUGCAUGUGGGUGUUCCUUGUUGCUGCGAUUUAAUUCCUGAUCAGUCCACCCCCACUUUCAAGUACUGUAAGUGUGACAAAUUUUACAUUGUUACCUGAAGAAGAGUAAUAUGGACUUGAAACAUUAACUCUGUUUCUCGCUCCACAAAUGCUGUCAGACCUAAGUUUUUCCAUCAUUUUCUGUUUUUAUUUCAGAUUUCCAGCAUCUGCUUUUAUUUACAUUGUUCUCGUUUUAUUUUAUUAAACAAUUUCCCCAAUAAAUCUCUCUUUAAAUUAAUUAAGAGCAUGAUUUUUAUUGCCUCUGAUCCCUUAUACAUGCCUGAACAACCACUGAGGUUUGAGAGUUGGUCAGUCAUUAUUGGUGCACAGUUCAAUUUCAUCAGUGCAGUUUAAAAAUAUCUGGCUGUUGUUUUUGUAAUUUCACGUUCUUCCCCAUGAGAAUAUUGAGAGACAUUGGAAGGAUUUGGAGGUUGGUUAACUGUAUGACCUGAAUGUUCCCUCCAUGGCCAUGACCAUUUUUACACCACUGAUGGGGCUUUGUGGGUUGUCCAUCAGAAUAAUCAAUAUCAGCAACAAAAAGUAUACCCUUGCCUCAGUUGUUGAGAGCUGUGAUGUUGUGGUCUGAUUUGCUGCACCAGAUACAGAGGAAACCAGAGAGGGGUUGAAGAGCAGUGGAUGUACGAAGCAACAUAGAGACUCGUAAUGUAUCAGAACAGCUGCAGGCAAAGGUCACCCUUGGGUUAGUAACAGACAACAAAUGAACCAGUUAAUCUCACUGUAAUGUAUGACAAAAUGGAAAUAAAUUUUUGACUUUUGCCUGAA